CACUAUUUUGCUCCUCUUCGUUACUCACUGUUGCGCUCUCGGCAUCGUACCAAACCGUCUUAGACCCCCACAGCCCUAAUUCAACGUUAACUUACCCCACAGCCUAGCACCCUUCCAACGCGCACGACUACUUCCGCAAUGGGCGCGACGAGUGCAGAAAGUCGCUCGACCUGCAAAACACCUGCCAUUUCGGGUGAACUAGAGAAGACGACGACCAUGGCGAACUGCGCUUCACACGAAGGACAGCGUCAUUCUUUACGUGCUCUGCGACGCGAGGGCUGGCACCUUCCGCUUCCAGAAGACUAGCACGCAGGAUGGACAUGGAUAUCGCCAAUCAUGACACUUUUCAAGGCAACGAGGUCGGCGACGAUGGCCUUGUUUGCCUGCUUCGCCUUGGUCUGCGAUGGCACUAGACUGCAGACUAAGUGCGAAAGGAACCAGGAUGAGAUGAAGCAGCGACACCAACCUGCAUCCAGAUGAGAAGGCCUUCGAAAGAAGCGCUGUCAUUCACCUAUAAAAGCAGCCCGUACAUCCCUCCAAUCGAAACAAAUCACCCCUCAUCAUCUCCAAUCCCCCCACCCAACAAACAACUCCCUCCAAAGACCAUCUCAACAAUGAAAUCCCUCUUCAUCACCCUCCUAGCCCUAGCAUCCACCCCUCUCAUCCAAGCCGCGCUCGGCACCUGCAACUCCGAAAACCACUGCACCGGCUGCGGCGUCUCAGGCGGCACGGCGAAUUGCGCCAACUGCUACAUUUGCGAGUGCAACAGUGGCGAGCUGCUCAAGAGCAUCUACCAUAAUAUUGCUACCGGCUCCGUUUGGACGCCGAUUGAGAACUGCCCCAAGAAUGGGAAUGAGUUGCAGUGUGUGAAUGGGUAUUGCACUAGUUAGUGGAAAGCGGAAUUGAAACCAAGUGGAAUGGAAAGGAUGUCGAGCAUUCGCCCGCUCUUAUGA